AUGUGGAUUUCCCGAGACGAGGAAUCUGCUUCUCGACUGGCUGAGCCCAAGGUAGGUCUACCCACCCAAUUGUGGAACCCAUAUGACAAUCACACUAUUUCAGAACUCUCGAAAAAUAAGUCUAUCUUUAUAUCCCUUCUACCUACAGAUAAUGGACAUCUAUCUGUUUGUCCUAUUGUUCCUUUACGUGAAGGAGAUUUCUUGGGCGUUUUUGCUGGAACAAUUGGCUUCUCAGAGCACUUUGAUCCGUUCUGUGGUAUCCGAGGGCCUGGUCAGAGACUUUGGCUAGAUUAUUCGCAGAUCACUGGCACACUGAAUCAGAUGCGGGUCUCGCAGCCUAGUGGCUAUGCGAAUGUGUAUCUGCAAUGGGAACUGGUCAAUAAAGAGGAUGAAACACACUCGGGAUUGUCCUGGAGGGUCUCCGUGGGGGCUGACAGAUCCAUCAUGCCAUUCCAGGAGAUCAUCCGAGCAGCUCCUCAAAAAGAGCAGUAUCUUCUGCACCGGUCACCCGUCUAUGCUAAACGAGGCUUUUUGAAGAAUUGCAAACCGUAG